AUGAGUGGCAAGGGCGCACGCGAGAAUGUCUUCCCGACCCGCAUGAACUUGACCGUCACAAAGACCCGCCUCAAAGGCGCCCAGACCGGCCACUCGCUCCUCAAGAAGAAAUCAGACGCCCUCAACAAGCGCUUCCGCACCAUCCUCGGCAAGAUCGACGACGCAAAGCGCAAGAUGGGCCGCGUCAUGCAGCUCGCCGCCUUCUCGCUCGCAGAGGUCACCUACGCCACGGGCGACAUCAGCUACAUGAUCCAGGAGUCGGUCGCACAAGCCUCGUUCCGCGUUCAAGCAAAGCAAGAAAACGUAUCGGGCACCAUCCUCCCCGCCUUUGAGGCCGUCCGCACCCCGCAAGGCGACCCGCAGGCGGGAGGCGCAGCAGCUUUCGGCCUCACCGGCCUCGGCCGCGGCGGUCAGCAGAUCACGCGCUGCCGCGAGACGUUCGCCAAAGCUGUCGAGACGCUCGUCGAGCUCGCGUCGCUCCAGACGGCGUUCGUCAUCCUCGACGAGGUCAUCAAGAUGACCAACCGCCGCGUAAACGCGCUCGAGCACGUCGUCAUCCCUCGGCUCGAGAACACCAUCUCGUACAUCAACUCCGAGCUCGACGAGAUGGACCGCGAGGAGUUCUUCCGCCUCAAGAAGAUCCAGUCAAAGAAGAAGCGCGACAACGCGGCGAGGGAGAAGGAGGACGCGGCCAAGCGGGCCGCCGACGAGGAGGCCAAGUACGGCUCGGGUGCUGCUGCGGGCGGAGGAGACGAGGAGGGAGGAGGGGACUUGCUCAACGAGCGGGACGAGGACGUCAUCUUCUGA